AGCUCAAAUCGUAAGCGCGCACUCGCAGGUUUCCAGUUUGGACCCAAGAUGGUGCUGAUGACGUGAUCAAGAGCACAGCCAAUCGAAUGUGAAGACAAGCCGCCCCCACGUGGGGCUGGCGCACGGCCAUUGGCCAAGCUAGACGAACCCCGCCGUGCGCCGCUCUCGCGGCAGCUCGGACCUCGUGUCAGCGGAGCAGAGGGAAGGAGAAGGAACGCACGGCGGAGCGAAGUGUAGCCGAGGAGCCCGUCGCGGCUUCAAACUUUCCAAGGAGAGCCGACUCCCCGGUUCCCGUCUGCUUGAGUCUGUGAAGAAGCGAAGUGAUUCUAGUCUGGAUUGAUGGGAGUCGCACCGCGAGUCUCAGACUUUAUCUUCCUCGCCCCGGAUGAGGUGUCCCCGCUCGUAUAGCACCGCGAGCUCCGCUAGGAGCCGCCAGGACUCGUUCGGGAAGCAACCCUCCUGGAUUGUUUCUUCAAGUCUCUCUAGCGGUGUGUGAAAAUUGUAAAAACGAAGCAAAAAGAAAUUCUAUAAAGGACGCGGGUCUGAAGAUGUACCCACAGGGUCGGCACCCGGCCCCUCAUCAGCCCGGACAACCCGGAUUCAAAUUUACAGUAGCGGAGUCGUGCGACAGAAUUAAAGACGAAUUCCAGUUUCUUCAAGCUCAGUAUCACAGUCUCAAGGUUGAGUACGACAAGUUGGCUAAUGAGAAAACAGAGAUGCAGCGUCACUAUGUUAUGUACUAUGAAAUGUCCUAUGGGCUUAACAUUGAAAUGCAUAAGCAGACGGAGAUUGCAAAGCGGCUCAAUGCAAUUUUAGCUCAGAUCAUGCCAUUUCUGUCACAAGAGCACCAACAGCAGGUGGCCCAGGCUGUUGAACGUGCCAAGCAAGUGACAAUGACUGAGCUGAAUGCCAUCAUCGGGGUACGUGGACUUCCCAAUCUGCCUCUCACCCAGCAGCAACUCCAGGCUCAGCAUCUUACACAUGCAGCGCACGGGCCUCCAGUCCAGCUACCACCUCAUCCUUCAGGCCUCCAGCCUCCAGGCUUGCCACCUGUCACAGGGUCCAGCUCAGGUCUUCUUGCCCUGGGUGCCCUUGGUAGCCAAGCCCACUUACCUGUGAAAGAUGAGAAAAACCACCAUGAUUUAGACCAUCGAGAGCGGGAAUCCAGCACGAAUAACUCUGUCUCCCCAUCUGACAGUGUACGAACGGUCAGUGAGAAACACCGUGGCUCUUCUGAUUAUGGCAUUGAUCCCAAAAAGCGAAAAGUGGAGGAGAAGGACAACUUGAGUCGAUAUGACAGUGAUGGAGACAAGAGUGAUGACUUGGUGGUGGAUGUCUCAAAUGAGGAUCCAGCUACACCCCGAAUUAGUCCUGCUCAUUCCCCACCUGAAAAUGGGUUGGAUAAAGGUCGGUCCAUUAAGAAAGAUGGCCCCAACAGUCCUGCCUCUGUCGCAUCAUCCAGCAGCACUCCGUCUUCCAAGACCAAAGACUUGGUCCAUAAUGACAAGUCUUCAACACCAGGCCUUAAAUCAAACACCCCAACUCCACGGAAUGAUGCUCCUACUCCUGGAACCAGCUCCACCCCUGGACUACGACCCAUCUUGGGCAAGCCGUCUGGUAUGGAGUCUCUAGCUUCAACUCUGCGAACACCCCUUUCCAUCUCCGGACCAUAUGGUACCCCUUUUGCCAUGAUGAGUCAUCAUGAGAUGAAUGGCUCUUUAACCAGCCCAGGUGUAUAUGCUGGACUACACAACAUGUCCCCACAAAUGAGUGCAGCAGCCGCUGCUGUGGCAUAUGGGACCAGGCCUCCCAUGGGAGGCUUUGAACCCCACCCACACAUGAGGACCCCCGGGCUUCCAGCCAGCCUCUCAUCCAUCUCUGGAGGAAAGCCGGCCUACUCCUUUCACGUCAGUGCAGAUGGGCAGAUGCAGCCUGUGCCUUUCCCGCCGGAUGCCCUGAUUGGUCCUGGUAUCCCUCGUCACGCCAGACAGAUCAACACGUUGAGCCAUGGGGAGGUGGUUUGUGCUGUUACCAUUAGUAAUCCAACAAGGCACGUCUAUACUGGUGGCAAAGGGUGUGUCAAGAUCUGGGACAUAAGCCAGCCGGGCAGCAAGAGUCCUAUCUCCCAGUUGGAUUGUCUGAAUAGAGAUAAUUACAUUCGCUCAUGUAAGUUACUCCCAGAUGGACGUACACUAAUUGUCGGAGGUGAAGCAAGCACGCUUACUAUCUGGGACUUAGCGUCUCCAACACCUCGGAUCAAAGCCGAACUAACAUCUUCUGCACCGGCCUGCUAUGCUUUGGCAAUCAGUCCAGAUGCCAAAGUCUGCUUUUCCUGUUGCAGUGAUGGGAAUAUUGCGGUGUGGGAUUUGCACAACCAGACGCUGGUCAGACAGUUCCAAGGUCACACAGACGGCGCAAGCUGCAUUGACAUAUCUCAUGACGGCACAAAGUUAUGGACCGGAGGACUGGACAAUACUGUGCGCUCGUGGGACUUGAGAGAAGGCCGUCAGCUGCAGCAGCAUGACUUCACAUCCCAGAUCUUUUCUCUGGGUUACUGUCCAACUGGGGAAUGGCUGGCUGUUGGUAUGGAAAGCAGCAACGUCGAAGUGUUACAUCAUACAAAGCCGGAUAAAUACCAGCUGCACCUCCAUGAGAGCUGCGUGCUCUCCCUCAAGUUUGCCUACUGUGGUAAAUGGUUUGUCAGUACUGGGAAAGACAAUUUACUGAAUGCAUGGAGGACGCCGUACGGAGCGAGCAUUUUCCAGUCAAAGGAAUCUUCAUCCGUGUUGAGCUGUGACAUUUCUGCAGAUGACAAGUACAUUGUGACUGGUUCUGGUGACAAGAAGGCAACUGUGUAUGAAGUAAUUUACUGAGCUGCUGCCAGGACACCUUCUUGCUCAUGGCUGGGACGUUUCCAGGAGCCUUUUAAAUCAAACUGAAUCUGGGAUAUUUUCUCUGAUGGAUGGACCACUCUGGGAUUGCUAAACCAGAAAUCCUCCUUUACUUCCAUGGAAGGUCUUUACAGGGGUGUAUUUCUCUCUUCAAUUGGUAUUGUGGGCCAAUCACGGAAGAAUUUGUUUUCAUUUGUUUCCUUUGUCUGUCUGGACAGAAAUACAGACAAAGCGUUCUUUUGGCACUGUACCAGUACUUAUUGGGAUUGCUGGAUAUUUUCUACUUCAGGACAAGGUCUUUAAUGUGAUUUUUUUUUUUUUUUUUUUUUUUGUUCUUUUUUUGAAGCGGAGCUUCAUGACUAAGACACUCAGUGUGAUUUGGAAAAUAUGUGAAAAAUGUAAAUUAUGGAGUAAUAAAAGAUUUUUACACGUA